AUGGGCCGUUCGGAUUCUGAAGGUGGUUCACGCGCUAAACGUCAGAAGAUGGCAGAGACGGAUCCCAGGGACAAUCCUUACCUGGCUCAUAUGUAUGCCGACGAGUCCUCUAACGGCGAUUCUAACUCAUGGAACAAUGGCUCCUCAGGCAACCCGACCUUUGAUAAGCUGAAGAGACAUCAAACUACGGCUGCUCUGGCUAAGAAGGUCGAGGAUGGGGAGAUUAACCCUUUCAAUGGCCAGCCUUUUUCCAGCAAGUACUUGUCGAUCUUGCACUCCCGUCGAGAUCUUCCAGUCCAUGCUCAAAGAGAUGAGUUCCUCCAGCUUUACCAGCAAUCUCAAAUCCUGGUCUUCGUCGGUGAGACUGGUUCCGGAAAGACAACACAGAUCCCCCAGUUCGUCCUGUUCGAUGACCUCCCCCAAAGCCAACGCAAGAUGGUCGCCUGUACUCAGCCUCGUCGUGUUGCCGCUAUGUCGGUUGCCCAGCGUGUGGCCGCAGAAAUGGACGUAAAACUCGGAGAUGAAGUGGGUUACAGUAUUCGUUUCGAAGACAUGACAAGUCCCAGGACGGUCCUCAAGUACAUGACCGACGGUAUGCUUCUCAGAGAAGCUAUGAACGACCCCAACCUCAAUCGUUACAGCACAAUUAUUCUUGACGAAGCUCACGAACGGACGAUGGCUACUGAUGUGUUGAUGGGUCUUCUUAAAGAGGUUGUUGAGCGUCGACCUGACCUCAAGAUCAUCAUUAUGUCUGCCACUUUGGAUGCCCAGAAAUUCCAGCGCUACUUCAACGAUGCUCCUCUUCUUGCCGUUCCCGGACGAACCCACCCCGUCGAGGUUUUCUACACCCCGGAGCCGGAACAAGAUUAUGUCGAGGCGGCCAUCCGCACCGUGCUGCAAAUCCACGCCACCGAGGGUGAAGGAGAUGUUCUCUUGUUCUUGACAGGUGAAGAAGAGAUUGAAGAUGCCUCGCGCAAGAUUGCUCUCGAAGCAGAUGAAAUGGCCAGAGAAGCUGAUGCGGGCCCCCUCAAGGUCUACCCACUUUACGGAAGUCUUCCCCCGCACAUGCAGCAACGCAUUUUCGAUCCCGCACCCGCGGCGCGCCGACCGGGUGGCCGUCCAGGACGGAAGGUCAUCGUGUCUACCAACAUUGCUGAAACUUCGCUUACUAUCGACGGGAUCGUAUAUGUGGUGGACCCUGGCUUCUCCAAACAGAAGAUCUACAACCCCCGUAUCCGUGUCGAGUCUCUCUUGGUAUCACCCAUCUCCAAGGCUUCUGCGCAGCAGAGAGCCGGUCGUGCUGGUCGUACACGCCCUGGAAAAUGCUUCCGUCUUUACACAGAGGCUGCCUUCAAGAAGGAAUUGAUUGACCAGACCUACCCUGAAAUUCUUCGUUCCAACUUGUCGUCCACUGUCUUGGAGUUGAAGAAGCUUGGAAUCGACGAUUUGGUUCAUUUCGAUCUGAUGGACCCGCCAGCUCCGGAGACGCUCAUGAGAGCCUUGGAAGAACUCAACUACCUGGCCUGUCUUGACGAUGAUGGCAACCUGACUCAGUUGGGACGUCUCGCUUCAGAAUUCCCACUCGAUCCUGCACUUGCCGUCAUGUUGAUCAGUUCCCCAGAGUUCUACUGCUCAAACGAGAUCCUAUCGAUCACCGCUCUGCUUUCAGUCCCACAGGUCUUUGUGCGACCCGCCUCUCAGAGAAAGCGCGCCGACGAGAUGAAGGACCUUUUCUCCCACCCUGACGGCGACCACCUGACCCUCUUGAACGUCUACCAUGCAUUCAAGGGCCCCGACGCACAGGAUAAUCUCAAACAAUGGUGCCAUGACCACUUCCUUUCUCUAAGAUCGCUCCAGUCGGCAGACAAUGUUCGCUCGCAACUUCUGCGGAUCAUGGAGCGCGAAGAGUUGGAAAUGGUCUCCACGCCGUUCGAGGAUAAGAAGUACUACGAAAACAUUCGACGUGCGCUGUGCGCUGGGUUCUUCAUGCAAGUUGCCAAGAAGGAAACUCAAGGCAAGAGCCAGUACACGACCAUCAAAGACAACCAAAAUGUUCUCUUGCAUCCUUCUACUGUUUUGGGCCACGAGGCUGAAUGGGUUCUCUACAAUGAAUUUGUGCUCACAACUAAAAACUAUAUCCGAACUAUUACUGCUGUCAAACCAGAAUGGCUUGUGGAUAUUGCUCCUACUUAUUAUGAUAUUUCCAGCUUUCCAAAGGGCGAGAUUCGCUCUUCCCUGUUACGGGCCGCCGAAAGACUGUCGCGUAAAGAGAAGAUGCGCGCCGAUCCUGGAAGGAGACGCUAG